GCGAGUUAUGUCUUGUCCCGAUGCUGAACCUCUACAGUAAAAUGCAGAACACACAGAAAAACGUCGUCCUCAUGGCUAUCUUCUCGGACAGUUAAUUCCACGCCAACAAUAUACUCGCGUUUUACAACAGCUUUUAUUUGCCUUCGCUUAUUCUGAAACAGUUCAGAUUUUUUAUGUCGCAUAUUUAUUUAUAGUUUCAAAACGUUUACAUGGCUACAGCAAGCGGGAAUUGCAACCACGACGGCGCUGGUUCAGAGAAGGAGAGGUUGGUUUCCUCUGUGUCUCCUCACGGCUACGGCUCCAGUGACAGCAGCGACAAGCAUGUUCACCACAGACACAGCCAUGGCAACCCCCGGUUGCCCAAAGCAACGGCGGGGGGCUGGCUGGGGGCAGAGCAGGAAGAGGAGGCCCUGCGCAGGAAGCUCAAGUACUUCUUCAUGAGCCCCUGUGACAAGUUCCACGCCAAGGGCCGCAAGCCCUUCAAACUGGGCCUGCAGCUGCUCAAGAUUAUCAUUGUCACGGUGCAGCUGGUGUUGUUUGGCCUCAGCAACCAGAUGGUGGUGACGUUCAAGGAGGAGAACACCAUGUCCUUUAAGCACAUCUUCUUGAAGGACUAUGACGAGGGCUCCGACGACACGUUGGCCGUGUACACACAGAGCGACGUCUACGAACACAUCUUCUACGCCGUAGACCAGUAUUUGAUGCUACCCGAGACGACGGUGGGACGCUAUGCGUACGUCUAUGGGGUCGGGGUGAACGGGAGUGCCCUCUCUCUCUGCCAGCAGUACUACAAGAAGGGCAGCAUCGAUCCCGCCAAUGAUACCUUCAACAUUGACCCUCAUGUUAUCACAGAUUGUGUGGGGGUUAACCCUCAGUCAGUCCCUCGAGCGCCUUUCGGCAGUCACUACAAGAACUUUACCCUCAAGUUCCACAAACUCAUAAACGUGACGAUACAGUUCCACCUAAAGGCCAUCAACAUUCAGACCAUCAUCAACAACGAGAUUCCUGACUGUUACACCUUCUUCAUAACAAUAGUCCUGGACAACAAGGCUCACAGUGGUAAAGUGAGGAUCAGUCUGGAAAACCAGGCUUUUAUAAAGGAGUGUAAAGACCCCAGUGUGUCAGGCCACGCGGAGAACUACACGCGGGUAACGUUUGACGUGGUGGUGGUGAUCGUUUGUAUACUGUCCCUGGUGCUGUGUGGCCGCUCCAUACUCCGCGGCAUCAUACUACAGGCCGAGUUUGUCGAGUUCUUCAAGACCAACCUGGGACGGAAAGUAAGCUGGGACGAAAGGAUGGAAUUCAUCAACGGCUGGUACAUCCUGCUCAUCAUCAGUGACGUCCUCACCGUCAUCGGCAGCAUCAUCAAGAUUGGCAUCGAAUCCAAGAAUUUGUCAUCGUAUGAUGAGUGUGGCAUCCUGUUGGGGACCUCCACCUUGUUGGUGUGGGUCGGAGUCAUUCGCUACCUCAGCUUCUUCCAGAAGUACAAUAUCCUGAUCGUGACCUUGCGAGCUGCGUUCCCCAAUGUGAUCCGGUUCUGCAGCUGUGUGGCUGUCAUCUACCUGGGCUACUGCUUCUGUGGCUGGAUCGUGCUGGGGCCCUAUCACGUCAAGUUCCGCUCUCUCUCCAUGGUGUCGGAGUGCCUGUUCUCGCUGAUCAACGGCGACGACAUGUUUGUGACUUUCUCUGAGAUGCAGGAGAGCAGCACACUGGUGUGGGUGUUCAGCCAGGUCUACCUGUACACCUUCAUCUCCCUCUUCAUCUACAUGGUACUGUCGCUCUUCAUCGCCCUCAUCACCGGUGCCUACGAGACCAUCAAGCACCAAACCCAGGAGCCCUACCACAUUACGGACCUGCACGCCUUCAUCGCAGAGUGCACUGACACGCCCAGCUCGGGCAUGUACCGGGGCCUCGAGACCUCGCCCUGCUCCUUCUUCUGCUGCUGUGACAGAACGACAACAUACGAGGAUGUCCUUUUGGUGAACUGACUGGGUUGUGGUGUCUGGACCUACAGCGCUCUCUGCUGGCCUGGAGUGCUGCACUGCAUCCAGAUUUUCAUUGUCUUUACCAUCGAAUCUGGGUCAGGCAUGAGCCAGGACUAUGAGCUGAAAGCCUAGUCUUUUUUGAGUGGAUUCAUUGACGAGACCACCUGGGUUGUGUGAAUGUUAUAGGGAUGUUGCACAGUAACAUACAGCUCAACACCGCAUUUCCCACACAGAAAGAGAACAGUGUUUUGCCAAAAUUGGGAUUUACGCACAAUCCAUACUUGCUGAGGGCCAUAGUGCAAUGUCUUGUUAGCACAUUUAGCUGCUUUUUAAUUGUUUUACAUGAAUUUUUAGGUGUUCAGUAAGCUGCACAAAGGACAAGAACUGGACAAAGCAUGUUUUUUUUUUAAUGUCAGAAGUUCUGGUUAUAUAUGAAGGUUGAUGACAAUGACAUGCGUACUUUAUCCUAGGCCAGAGACUGCUCUGGAGUAGCACUUCCACUGUCCCUUUGGAGAGAGCACUAAAGUCCAGUUCACAUGACUCAUGCAAGAACGUCAUUGCCCUGUCAUGAGGCGCAAGCCCAGCAAGAACUGCUGAGAGCAAGGCUGGCUUGGCCACAGCUCUUUGUGGUCACCACCACUGAACUCAGUACAAGUCAAUUGAACUUAAACCCUGCACUGCGCCUGGACACAAUGGCUCACUCAAUGACCUUAAUCUUUGCUCUUUGCUGUACAAAUCUCCUGCCAAAUAGGCUGUGGUUAGACAGGCAGCCCAAUUCUGAUCCCCCCCCCCCCACACACACACACACUAAUUGGCCUUUUGACCUUUCCCAUCAGAUCUUUUUCAGAGUUGAUUUGAUUGGUAAAAAUAAGAUCAGAAUUGAGCUGCCUGUCUAAACGCAGCCAUAGUAUUUCAGCGUUUUAAGACCGAUCAAUUAAAAAACCAGUACUCACACCCAGGUGCUGGUUCUGGUCUCCAGGAACAAUAUCCAUAGAAUUGUUCUAUAGUUUUAAGUUGGACACAGACAGAGAUGCAGUGCAUCAUCUCAAGCACACCUACAGUACCAGUGGUUUCAGUAGGUGUUAAUCCGAUGAUGCAGCACACAGGGUAAACGUCAGUGCCGUUGUUGAUUUUGUACGUGUCAAGUUCUACACUGUACAUGUCCUGUUCACGAUGCACAAAUGAUGCUUUUUGUCGCUGCGUGCUGAACACUGCUUCGUCAGAGUUCAUUUGAAAAAGGGUUCCGUAGUGAAGUAGUCAAGUCUACUCCCGAGUCUCACAAAGACCCACCAUGGCACAACAUUCCGGUCGCAAUGGAAGUAUGACUGUCCAAUUUUGCUUGACCUGAAUGUCACUUCCUUAAAUGAGGGAACUACACGAUUGGAAAAUGGAGAGUUCAUCUAUUUUUGUGUGUGUGUGAAUUUUUAAAGGCCUAUGCUCCAGUCAUGGACAAUAUGGAUGGAGAACUGCAAAUUGUAUCCGACUGGUCUAAAGAACAAAGACUGUCUGCGAGUAACUGGGAGAGGAUAACGAGCAGGCAGGACAGCUAAAGCGAGGCCAGAGAGAUGGGGGUAUUUGCGAGCAUUGCAGUAAUGCUUGUGGUGUUGACCCAGAAGAAUGCUCUUAUGUAUGUUUCAUCCCAUUCUGUUUUACGUCUCAUAAUGAUGUCUAGUUUAAAACGAACCAAUUGCUUUGUCCUUGUGAAAGUUUAAAUUAUUUUUUUGUUUUUUUAAAUGUUGGGUUGUUUAUGUAUCUAGAGAGAAGCGCCUAAGGGGAGCGUGGUCUUCAGGUUCAGGCUCCAUAAAGUGGUCAUGCAUUGAGCUUUGUACUCCCAAUCACCUUUGAAGGAGGAUAUUUUUUUAUUUUUUAUAAUAGGUUAUAGGCCUGCUUCCAUUUCGGUCCCAGCUACUUCUUCAAAACGUGAACCUUUUGGCGUUGAUAGAUUCCAUAGAACCAAGGUGUAGGCAAAGUUAUAUGUGAAUAUAACCUCCCAAACAGGCUAAAAGCAGAGCUUUCACCAUAUCCGUUCUUUAGGAUCUGAGAACACUAAAGGGCUAGAGGCUACGAGAAGUGGCUAGGGGCUGAAAUGAUACUGGGCCAUAGCCUGCCUGUCAGUUAGUGACGAGUCAUGUAGCUCGUAUUCGAAUGGUCAUAUAGUACAUUUAAAUUAAAUGUAUGUUCUUAACUAA